UCGUCGUGCCACCCCACACUUCACAGUUCAUACCACACCAAACGACAUUCAUGGCGAUGCGCUCACUCAGCUUGCUGCUGCUGCUAUCAUCCUGUCUUUCCAUCUCAACGACGCUCCUCGUGGCGGCCGGCGACGCGGCUGCGCUGCUGGCCUUCAAGGCCGCCGCCGACGGCGGCGGCGCGCUUGCUUCCUGGAGCGCCAGCAGCAGCGGCGGGUUCUGCAGCUGGGAGGGCGUCACAUGCGGGCGCAAGCACCGGCGAGUGGUGACGCUGAGCCUACCGUCCCGUGGGCUCACUGGCGUCCUCUCCCCGGCCAUCGGCAACAUGUCGUUCCUCCGGACGCUCAACCUCACCAACAACAAUAUUGCCGGAGACCUCCCGGCGAGCCUCGGCCGCCUGCGCCGCCUCCAGGUCCUCGACCUGACCAGCAACGCCUUCUCUGGCGAGAUCCCCGCUAACCUAAGCUUUUGUUACAGCCUAGAGUACAUGAUCCUCCAGGGCAACCAGCUUGUCGGGCCUGUGCCCCCCGAACUUGGGCACACGCUGACACGCCUUACGGCGCUCGCCCUAAUGUAUAAUAACCUCACCGGCUCCAUUCCGGCGUCGCUCGGCAAUUUGUCGUCGCUGGAGUACCUAAACCUUGCGCAGAACCAGCUGCAUGGCACAAUCCCACCAAGCCUCGGCGGCAUCAUUGGCCUACAAGUCAUCUCCCUUGGCUCAAACCGCCUCUCCGGUGAGCCCUCACACUACCUUUACAACUUGUCUUCGCUACAGCAGUUGUGGCUUCAGAGAAACAUGCUCCAUGGAGUCAUUCCUGACGACAUCGGCAGCAGGUUUCCCGGCAUGAGCUCUCUAAGCUUUGCUGGGAAUCAGUUCAUGGGUCCUAUCCCUGCUUCAAUAUCCAACCUCACUGCUCUCCAAGUACUCGAUCUCUCUGGGAAUAGGCUUAGCGGACAUGUGCCUCACACACUAGGGAGACUACGAGCUCUGCAACGCGCGCACUUGGGUCACAAUAGGCUUGAAGCAAAUGACAAGGAAGGAUGGGAAUUCAUCGCUUCACUAUCAAACUGCAGCAUGCUCCAGCAGUUAAUUAUCAACAGCGAUGCUGCUUUCACUGGGCAGAUACCACACUCAAUAGGGAAUCUCUCAACAACUCUGCAACUCCUUGCCUUGGAUGACACUGGGAUCUCAGGAACAAUUCCCUCAUCCAUUGGCAAUCUGGUGGGCCUCGAAUCACUCACUGUGUCGAAUACUUCUAUAUGCGGAGUGAUUCCAAAUAGCAUCGGCAAGCUGGGAAACUUGGUUCAACUAGGUUUGUACAACACCAACUUGUCAGGCCUCAUACCUUCAUCUAUUGGAAACCUCUCAAAGUUGACUAAGCUAUUUGCAUACAAUGGCAACCUAGAGGGUCCACUUCCAACAAGCUUAGGGAAGCUCACAAAUCUAACAGCCCUUGAUCUACACCUGAAUCGCUUAAAUGGUCUGAUCCCGAAAGAGAUUUUCAGAUUGCCUCUCCUUUCCUCGUCCCUAGAUUUAUCACACAAUUUUCUAUCAGGCCCAAUUCCCUCUGAAGUUAGUCAAUUGAAAAAUAUUAAUAACCUGAUUCUAACAGGUAACCAAUUGUCUGGAGAGAUACCUGAUGGUAUUGGUGAGUGCACCGUGCUGCAGGGACUUUGGUUGGACAACAACUUAUUCGAGGGAACAAUACCUCAGUCUUUAAGUAAUAUAAAGGGGCUUAUAGCACUCCAGCUGUCCCGGAAUAAGUUGUCGGGGACUAUUCCUAAUGCCAUGGGGACUAUGUAUGGCUUGCAGGAGUUGUAUCUAGCACAUAACAACUUGUCAGGGAGAAUCCCUACACUUCUAGAUAAUUUGACAUCGCUACUAGAAUUGGAUUUGUCCUUCAACAACCUGCAAGGGGAGGUGCCUCAAGAGGGAGUUUUCAAAAAUUUAGCUAACUUCUCAAUUAUAGGGAAUAAAGAGCUUUGUGGUGGAAUACCUCAGCUUCGUUUAGCUCCAUGCCACACGAACUCCAUGAAAAAGAAUAGAAAAAGGCAAAUGAAGUCUCUUAAAAUAGCUCUGGGAACAACUGGUGCACUCUUGAUCUUAGCUUCCCUUGUUGCUUUCAUCCAUUUUAUGCAUACUAAGCUUAGACAAAAGCAGAAGAGCCCAUUCCAACAACCAAAAGUUGAGGAACAAUUUGGAAGAGUUUCUUAUCAAGCAAUAGCAAAUGGAACAAAUGGAUUUUCCGAAGACAAUUUACUUGGUAGGGGAAGCUUCGGGGCGGUCUAUAAAUGCACUUUUCAAGAUGAGCAAACUAUCACCGCUGUGAAGGUUUUUAACCUUGAACAAUCUGGAUCCCAUAGAAGUUUUGUGGCUGAAUGUGAGGCACUUAGGAGGAUGCGUCACCACUGUCUCUUAAAGAUCAUCACUUGUUGCUCCAGCAUCAAUCAGCACCAUGAAGAGUUUAAGGCACUAGUUUUUGAGUUCAUGCCGAAUGGUAGCUUGAACGGUUGGCUUCAUCCGAAAUCUAGCAUGCCCACUAUAAGCAAUACUCUAAGCCUAGAACAAAGGCUAAACAUUGCUGUUGAUAUCAUGGAUGCUCUCGACUAUCUUCAUAAUCACUGUCAGCCACCAAUUGUUCAUUGUGAUCUUAAGCCAAGCAACAUUCUUCUCACAGAAGACAUGAGUGCCCGAGUUGGAGACUUUGGCAUAUCUAGAAUCCUUCCAGAAAGUGUCGGGCAUGUUAGAACGCUGCAAAAUUCCAGAAGCACAAUUGGACUAAGAGGCUCCAUUGGCUAUGUUGCUCCAGAAUAUGGUGAAGGUUCUACAGUCUCAACUCUUGGAGAUGUUUAUAGCCUUGGCAUAUUGCUACUUGAGAUGUUCACAGGAAGGAACCCAACAGACGAUAUGUUUAGGGAUUCAAUUGAUCUACAUAAGUUUUCAGAAGAUGCUCUUCCGGACAGAAUCUGGGAGAUAGCUGAUGCAGCAAUGUGGCUCCACACAGACAUCGAUCACAACAGUAGAAGAAGCAUAAUAGAGAAUUUCUUGAUUUCUGUCAUUGCCCUUGGAAUAUCCUGCUCACAGAAACAACUUAAGGAGCGGGUGCCAAUACAGAAUGCAGCCAUUGAGAUGCAUCAUAUCAGGGAUUCGUACCUCAAGUUUGUCAGAUCUCAUAUGGUGGAACAUAUAGGAGUAGCAACAACUCUGUAGUGAUUUGUGCAACGAUGAAUAUAAUAAAGAGCUGAAAUUGGGUUAGAUUCCUGCAGAUGAUCACUAAGAAAGAAGUGAAGAAGCAUAAGAUGUUUUAGCUCUCUUA